UAUAAUUUCACACAUAAUCCCAGAGAGAUGUUACAGGUUGGGCUGGGCCUGUCUGGCUCGCCAAGGGGUGCUGCAGAAGAUUUCCUUUUGGAUCAGCUGGGAAAGAGGAACAGGUCCUACUUGGCCCUGGUGAGCUCAGGGGGAGGUGAUAUGGAAGCCACACAAGGCCCAGCUGAUUCUCCUCAAGUCCCAGUGCUGAUCAUCUCUGAGGCUGAGACUUGGGACAUCGAUGCAUCCUCUUGCGUGGGCUGUGGACAGUUUGUGGAUUGGGAUAAGAUGCCCGAGUUGGAUCAGCAGCCAAGCGCUCACAGUCAGAGUCUCACCCAAACCAGCAAAGAGCUUAAAAAGCUGGCAAGAGAAGGCCAUUGGGCUACCAACCAUGUGCUUAGAGCUCAGGCUUACCAGCAGAUCAUCCAGCACAUCCCGUGCCGGCUUGUGACCCCCGACGCGCUGGUUUACAGGGAUGUCACAAGCAGGCUGUUUGGAAAGCAGAGUGUGAGUUCCCACCCCUUGCCUGAAUUCCUUGGAGAGUGCAGGAUGCCCACUUACUGCCUGACUAUGGAAGGUGUAACCACCGUAAAGAAAAUACUCAUCUGCCUUGGCAACCUCUUCCCCGACAUCACCUACAGCCCAAUCCUCCCUGCUGUGGUGGCUCUGCUGCUGCACUACAGCGAAGAUGAAGCUCAGUGCUUUGGGAAUGUCUCUCGCCUUCUCGCUUGUAAUGACUCCCAUACCAGCUACAUAGACCAGUCCUUCCUGGCUCACCAGGCCUCCUGUAUGACUUUUGGGGAUCUGGCCAACAAGCACUGCCCAGCAGCCCACAGAUUAAUAGCCAGCACCUCUGAGAAUGUCUUUGAGGUCUAUUCUGAAUGGUUGGAGUGGAUAUUUGGUGACCUUCCAUUUGAUUACGCUAUCCGCAUACUUGAUGUGUACCUGCUGGAGGGACAGAAAGUCCUCUACCGGAUCGCUUUGGCCUUGCUGAGGCAACACAGGCUCUCGGUGACCUCCGGAGAACUGGAAGUGACCAAUGUCAAGGGAGAUCUGAAGGCUUUCGUGCAGAACAUUAGGGAGCACAUGACGGCUGACAAGCUCCUGGAGAGAGCCUUUGGUAUUCGGCUGUUCUCCCGCAAGGAAAUCUGGCUUCUUCAGAUGGCCAACAGGAAAGCGCUGGCUGAGAAAGGCAUAACUGUGGUGCAGCGCAGGCAGCUGUUCCACCUGGCAGUAGACAUGCUGAAUUUCAGCUCCGCCAUCGUAACUGCUCAGGAGAUGCGCAUCGUGUGGUCCUGGAUUCCCGAGCGAUUCUCCUUAUUCCCACCUGUCCUGUUAUUCUCCACCUCAGAAAACGGAUACAGCCUGCAAAGGUUUUACGCAUGCUGUGAAGGUUAUGAACCAACAGUGCUGCUCAUAAAAACGAUGCAGGGGGAAGUGUGCGGUGCGUUCCUCUCUUCUGACUGGAAUGAAAGGCAAAAGAGUGGGGGAAGGUCCAGCUUCUUUGGAACAGGGGAAUGCUUUGUUUUCAGCGUACGCCCUGAAAUGGAGAGAUACGAGUGGGUGUUUAUCAAGAAACCAGAGCUGACCAAAGCAGUGCCGCGCUCCCCAUGCCAGCGCCUUCCUUCCCCCACCUCCCCUGUCCUCAGCACACCUCCUCCCGAUGGCCACUUAGCCAGUUCAAACCAUCUGACUGUGCCCGUGUUGCAGAGGGCUAAAGGUCGCCUCUCCCCAUACCUGGCAAUCAGACACUUCCUCCUGCCUUCAAAAACAGCCUCCAUGUUCAUGUCCGGGACUCGGGAAGGAAUCAUUAUUGGUGGUGGCGGAGGCCAAGCUCUGUACAUUGAUGCCGAUCUCUACUAUGGGAGAACAGAGCACUGUGAGACAUUUGACAACCCUCCUCUCUGUCAAGAGAACUUCCAGGUGCAGCUCCUGGAAGUCUGGGGCUUUCAAAAUGCCUAAUCACCGUGAAAUCGCUGCUCCCUGUACCAUAUUAAGGAAUGAGAGAUUCCUCUCCACUACACAGGAUACCAUGGCUGGUGAUGAGCCAGUUGAGAUCAGAUGACACACAGAUGCCUGACUCUAAUGGAGGGAGUCCACACAUGGAUUUCUCUUGAGGCUGUGAACCUCACUGCUGUUAGCCAUUCUCCAUAUCCUCCCUCUCUGUCACAGGGCAGAGUUAUAUUAUGGGAACUGCCAUACUAUAAAUGUUUAAUAAUCAUUAAUAACAAAGGUCCAGAACCUUCACACACAAAUCAAACCAAACCCCAAACUUUCUGAGGUUUGAAAAAACUGAGUUAAUUUUUGAGGAGGGAGCAGGCUGGAUUCGACAGUUUUCCUGUCUCUCUGUUUUCUUGGCUUCACUUUGAAGUGGAAAUACCACAGACCUCAUGGUAUCUAGCACUGGGCUAUGAAUCUUGCUGGGACUUACAAGACCUCCAUCCUGGUUCCAAGCCCAAAAUGGUUUUUAUAACCAUGAAUGGAACCUAUAUCAUCUUUGAGGAUCGACAGUCACUAUUAGAAGUGACACCUGUUAGUCCUCAUAUAACACAAUACAAGUAGCCCUCAUGUACAGCUUCCAUUGUUAGCAAUGGAAGUUGCCAGAUAGUUACCAUCAGACCUGUGCCCAUUAAUUUUCUGUACCAUCUCUUAAAAUGAAACCCAUCAGGAUAAACUGAAGGUGUCCUCAAAUACCCACUAGGCUCUACUCCAGCCUGAAUAAGUAUAACAUUGUAGUUGUGCAUUUGCACUACACAUGAAUGCAGGCAGGUGAUCUGCUUCUUGAGUGGACAGAUAAUGCAGGACAACAGCAGAUCACAGUGGGCCUUUGGUAUGAAAAGGGUUGGUGAACUCUGGGGAUCAGGAGAUUCCCUAGAGGGAAUAUUUUUGGCCAACCAUCUCUACAGGCUUCAGACCCCUCAACAUUUUCCAUAAUAUCACGACACUUCAGUAAAAGGUUUGUCAUAGGGUCAGAAUUACUUUCUCACUCCACGAGGUAUGGCUUUCAGGAUCAGAGUUGCAACAUGUCAAUGGAUCAGCCCAAGAAGGCGCCCUGCCACUGCACCUGUUUUGUGGAUAAAGAGAGGGCUUCAAUCCCCAGGACUGUAAAUCACAGCACUAAAUUAGUCUAAAAAUAUGCAAAUCCACAGUUAUGUCAUUUAUUGCCAGCAUAAUAUCUUAUUGUAAACCCCCCUCAUUGGGAUGUUUAUACUCACAUGAAAAUGUGUAUUCAGAGAAAAGGCUUAGGAUGGUAGUUGCAAGGAUCUAAAUAGUUAACACAUCUAACAGUCUAAUCUAACAUCCCAUAGUUAUCAACAUCAGGAUAAUAGGAAAGAUGAAAUAUUAACAUAUACAUGCUGACAGGCAGGAUAAAUACACUCAAUGGGUUUUGGAACCUAUGUGUAAACGAUUUAGCUUGCAGAAGGAAAACAUAUUCAAAGCCCAAAUACAUUUUUCCAUUUACAGUCUGAUUUUUCUUGUGUUCAUUUUCUCUAGCUAUUCAGAGCAGAAGUAAUCAAUACCUCCAAGGGAAGCAGUCCCAGAAAUGCUAUGAGACAAGAAGAGGGAAUAAUAGCAAACUCACACACUAGUCAGCUAUGCAGCCAUGUGAAUAAUUAGCAAUUACCUCUAUUCUUCGGAAUGCAUCUUGUAAGAUAAAAGAUAUGAUGGGGCUUGAAUCUCCACUCCCUCUCAUCAAUUUUAUGCUAGUAUAACUCCACUGAAUGUGACAGAUUUUAAACGUGAGGAACAGAAUAGACUCAGAGCCUCAGUGUUUCAGACAAAGCAAUGUGUGUAGAUGUUCUGAGCAGGUCCUUUUGCGGAUGCCAUCGCAUAUUUCAAUGGGGCUCACCUUUUUCCUACAAGCUUCCUAUUUUGUCAUCUCAUGAGAUCUGACAGUUAUAAAAGUGAGGCAUAAAGAUCAGUGGUAUCACUUCAUGCCUUGCCUCUGGCUGAGACACGCUUUUUUACAUUUGAGUUCUGCUAAGAUUUUCCCAGUGUUUCCCUUUUUCCAAGGCCCCAUGCCGGACCAGCCUGUCUCCCAUCAGGUUUCCCAUCAGACUCCAUCCUUUCCCAGGGGCUGAGUUUGCUGCCUCUAUAGAAAUCCUGACCCUCCCCUCUAAGCUCAAAACUCUUCUUACUUAGCUGUCCAUCUUUGCUAUGUCUUUGUGUAUUGCCUGGAUCAAGAUUCAGGGUAUUUGAUUGUAAAGGGGAACUGGGUCUCAUCCAAAGUACCUAAAACACUUGAGACUUGAGGCCUCAUUAUCUGUCUUUGAUGCAACAGCAAAGCCUGCCAACCUUUGUGAUGCUGUAUGUGCUACAUACCCAAGCUAUCUGCAGAUUUCAGCUGUAAAUCACAAUAAAUUAUCAGGGUGAUUAUUACAUUCAA